GGGGAUUGGAACACCUGAAUCACAUGAUUUGGAGGGGAUUGGAGCACCUGAAUCACAUGAUAUGGAGGGGAUUGGAACACCUGAAUCACAUGAUUUGGAGGGGAUUUGAACACCUGAAUCACAUGAUAUGGAGGGGAUUGGAACACCCGAAUCACGAUGAUAUGGAGGGGAUUGGAACACCUGAAUCACAUGAUUUGGAGGGGAUUGGAACACCUGAAGCACAUGAUAUGGAGGGGAUUGGAACACCUGAAGCACAUGAUAUGGAGGGGAUUGGAGCACCUGAAUCACAUGAUAUGGAGGGGAUUGGAACACCUGAAUCACAUGAUUUGGAGGGGAUUGGAGCACCUGAAUCACAUGAUAUGGAGGGGAUUGGAACACCUGAAUCACAUGAUAUGGAG